AUUAUCCCACAGUGCACCACUGGCCGCUCUGGACAGGAAUCUGAACUCUAAUGCACUGGCCAGGUAUACAGGAAAAGCCCCGCGAACUUUUGAAUUGCAUUUCCUAUUUGGCCAGCGUGGAGCUCUCAUCAGCACAGGUGACCAUGCAGAGCUCAUCAGCACAGGUAACAAUGCAGUCUCCUGAGAAUAGAAAAAGAGCUCCAGCAUGGACCGCACAGGAAGUACUGGAUCUGAUCGCUAUAUGGGGAGAGGAUUCAGUGCUAACAGAACUCCAUUCCAAAAGACGAAAUGAAAAAAUAUUUGAAAAAAUUUCCAAGGCUAUGAUGGGAAAAGGCCACACCAGGGACUCAGUGCAGUGCAGAGUGAAAGUUAAGGAGCUCAGACAAGCCUACCAGAAAACCAAAGCAGCAAAGGGAAGAUCAGGGUCAGGGCCAAAAACAUGCCGCUUCUACGCUGAGCUGCAUGCAAUUUUAGGGGGCUGCGCCACCGCUACCCCCCCCCUUGUCCAUGGAUUCCGAGGUGGGGGUUAUAAUCUCAACCAUGGAUGAGGAUUCAGCGGAGGGGGAAGAUGAGGAGGAGGAAGAGGAGGAUGAGCUUGCAGAGAGCACACAGCACUCCAUUCUCUCCAGCAGCCAGGAGCUUUUUGUGACCCAGACGGAAUUACCCUCCCAGCCCUCCCAAGCCACUAGCCCAGACAGUGAAGCCAUGGAAGCGACCUCUGCUGCACAUUUUUCAAGCCUCCCUACUCCAUCCCGAAGGCUAGCUCAGAUAAGGCGGAGGAAGAAGAGGACGCGAGAUGAAAUGUUCUCAGAAAUCAUGGAAGUAACCCGCAAUGAAAGAGCUCAUCUGAGGGAGUGGAAGGACGUGGUAGCAAAGUACAGGAAAGAUGCCAGUGAACGUGAGGACAGGAGGAACCAAUGUGAGGACAGGAGGGACCAACGUGAGGAUAGGAGAGACGCUCGAGAUGAGAGGUGUAGGCAGGAAGAUCAGCAGUGGCGGGAUGCAACGCUGGAGCUGCUGCAUGAUCAAACUGACAUCCUCCGACGUCUGGUGGAUCUUCAGGAGGAGCAGCGGGGUCACAGAGUGCCGCUGCAGCCCAUGUUUAACCACCCUCAGUACUCACCAUGUUCCAUGUCUUCCUCACCCAGACGUGUAAGAACGCGUGGGGGAAGGCUUUGUGCACCAGCCCACUCCACCCCCGUGGACAGUCCAAACAAAAGGCUGUCAUUACAUUGAAAUGUGCUUAAUGGCCUUUUCCUUCCCUCCUAUCCUCCUCCCAAACCACUCCCGGGAUACCUUGUUAAUUAACUUCCUCUUUUUAUAAUUACAUGCUUUUUAAACGAAGGGGGAGGGUGGGUUGCUUACAGG